AUAAUUAAGAAGAAGUACUUAUUUAAUUCUUUAUUUACAGAAAUUCAUUUUGCAUGGGCAGCCCAUCAAGUGCAUCACAGUUCUGAAGAAUAUAAUUUAUCAACAGCUUUAAGACAGUCUGUCAUACAAGAUUUUCUUGGUUGGACUGUAUAUCUUCCAAUAGCAUUUUUCAUUCCUCCACCUAUUUAUGCUGUGCACAUUCAGUUCAACUUAAUUUAUCAAUUUUGGAUUCAUACCGAAUUUAUCAAAACUCUUGGACCUCUUGAAUAUAUAAUAAACACUCCUAGUCAUCAUAGAGUACAUCAUGGUAGGAAUCGAUACUGCAUUGAUAAAAAUUACGCAGGAGUUCUCAUUAUUUGGGAUCGAAUGUUUGGAACAUUUGAAGCAGAAUCAGAUAAAGUUGUAUAUGGGCUAACACACCCAAUUAAUACCUUUAAUUCUAUAAAAAUUCAAUUUGACCACUAUCUGUAUUUAUGGGAUACUUUUUGGAAAGCCGAAGGUAUCAAAAAUAAAUUAUCAGUUCUACUUAAAGGACCUGGAUGGGAACCAGGGAAACCUCGACUUGGAAAUUUAGAAGAUAUACCUGAUGUAUCGUAUCCUGUAGAAAAAUAUUUUCUACAAUUAGAAGUUUGGUGUAACGUAUAUAUUAUUGCACAUUUCGCAUUAACAAUAAUUGGCUAUAUCAUAGUAGCAAAUAAUCAUCAGAAUUAUAAUUAUAUAACUUUGCUCGCCUAUUCAUUAUAUAUAAUUUUUUCUCUAACUGCAUUUGGAACUAUUAUGGAUAAAAAAUCAUACGCCUCAGUCUUGGAAUUGUCCAGAUGUCUGGCUUUUUUUUUUCUGGAUAGUUUUUUCAUUUCGCAAAGUAAAUAUUCAUUAAUAAAUUCAAUGUUAUGGUUUCUUUUCCUGUUAUCAUCUAUUCUUUGGGGUAUGAUAUCAUUCCAAACUUAUUCAACAAAAAUACAUAUUAAAAUUAAACAAUCUUAAAUAGAAACAUCAUCUUUUUUAUAUUUAUAUAUUAUAAAUAUAAAUUUAUUUAAUCUGUAUAAUAUUGUGUGUAUUUCAUUUUAUCACCCUUAAGCAGAUAAAAAUUUGCUGCUCUUUUUUGUAAUAGGUUAUACAAGAUAGAACAUUAAAUGUAUUUUAAUUUUAUCAUAUAUCAAUAUAAUUUUUUAACAUAAUGUUUAAUGUGUAAAUCAUUUUGUGAUUAUGUAAUUACAAUGUCACCUGUAAAAAUAUCCUGCCAUAGGCACGUUCCUACUAUUUUUUUUUUUGGUAUAAAAAUGCCUCUGUAUAUAUUGUUAUAUAAAUAAAUAGUAUAUUCAAUUUAUAA